AUGACUCGCACUUCCUCUCCCGCAACUUCUACCCCAGGAGAUCCCAAAACUACGGAGAAUACUCCCACUCAGUCUCUUGGCGACACUCCCGUCUACACCGCCACCCACGAGUGGCCUCCGAUAGCCGCACGCCUCGAACCCCUCAACGACGAUGGCGAUCCUCGUCCAGCUGUCGCCCGCCACCCCCUCCUAUCCUUCGCUGAAUUACCUCCGCAUCAGGCUCGUAUUCUCAACUACGAUGCGCGCGUUGCACCUGGUGUGGUGCGCUACGGACUUCCUCCUCGCAUCAAGCUUCCGGAUGCCACGCGCAUCCAGGACAUGGUUCAGAUCCACAGCCAAAUCUGCGAGGCCCACCCUGAGCUCGAGAUUGGUUCCAUAACCUUCAAGAAGAGCCGCCCGAGGAUCGUGGACAUCCAUUGGCCUUCUUCGCAGCCGUACAACACUGAGACACCUAUAUGGCUAAGCGGCGAGAGACUGAUUUUCAUUGCAGCUGCAGGCCGUGUCAAAGAGACAUGGAUCACCAUCGUCAUCCGCGAUAUUGAGGACGCGUCGUUUGACGCUGUAUGCCGAGGUCUCAGAGACUUUCUCUCCCCCCACGAGAUUCUUGACUAUUGGCGAGGCGUUCUGAACUACACCGACCGCAACGGCAACCCCGUUCGGUUUCCCAACGGCGAGCUCUACAUCCUCGUUGAGCUGGACAUGAAGGGGAGCACAGAUCGAGGCCUCCUCUACCCGAAUGACGUCGCCUCUUCUCUCCCUGGCUUUUUCGUCCUCGGAGAGAACAAGUACAAACUCAACUAUGCCGCUCGCCUCGACCACUGCACCUUCUGCCAGUCGACCACGUUCUUUGAGCACCAUCGCUUGGCCGACUGCACGCUUCGCCUCUGCAGCUUCUGCCAAGAUCCCGGGCACCCUCUUCGUUCGUGCCCAGCCGCCAAGAGGGCCGAAGCUGAUCAAGCCCAAGUCUAA